AUGAACUCUGUAGAUGCUAUCUUGAAAAAGAAAAGGAAUAGAUUGACAUAUUCUUGUACUUCGUGCCGUAUCAAGAAGAAGAAAUGUGACAGAAAGCGCCCAGUGUGUUCCUAUUGUUCGAAGACCGGUAACUCAUCGAAAUGUUAUUAUGAUAAUCACUAUCCUACCAGCCCUCCGGUUGAAGACCUGAUGAUAUCGCCACACAGAUCCGACGAGGUUGGCUCUUUGCGGACUGAGAAUGCUGAGUUGAGGCGCCGUAUUUCCCAGCUAGAAGCCACUUUGAGUCAUAAUCAUUCAAGCAACUCAGUUUCACCAGUGGAUUCUGUCGCUAAUUAUGAAAUUACAGAUCAAAAAAGUUGGGAGCUUGAUUGUCGAUCAAUGACGCCAAAGAUACCCGAAAAUGAUGUAUAUGAAUUCUUUUCGAAAGAAAGCUUUAUCCUAAUUCGAUCCAAUUCCCUAUAUCACUUCAAGCCUUUUCAGUGGUGUCAAUUUCUUUCGGAUGAUAUGUUUAGCUUUUCUUCGUACGUGAAUAGUUGUUAUUGUUACAUUAAAGAAAUGUUUAAAGAGAUGGUAUUCAAUAGCGACUUAAGCUUAUUGAUCACCCCUUUGCCGGCAAAACUUAAUGAAAAUUUCAAGGCUAAAAAAUUACUAUUCUUGUGGGAAUUCGCAAUGAAUAAAGAAUGUUCUUUAUUCCAAAAUAACUUGAAGCUUCUAGUGGGACUUCAUAUUUCAAAACAAGGUAAAGGGAUAUUGUCAUCUGUUAGUGUUAAUUCUGGUACUAAUGAAAGUUCUCGACGCGAACUAAUUUGGAAAAUCGAGAACAUUUUGCCAAAAAAGCCCGCACAUAUUCAGUUUUUAUGGAACGUGUUUGAAAAGUUUAUCCAUCCAUUUGUACCUGUUUUGGAUUUGAAAACAUUCAAAAGGGAUCUUGAAUUGAUUUUUGUUGGUUUAAAGAUUUAUCCAAUUGAUCGGGAUGUAGCUAGUCUCGAUACUCAGGAUAGUGUAUAUGCCAUCACUGCAACAUCAUUCAUUGAUCUUGCCUUUAUUGGUACAUUCCUAAUUAUUCUUAGAAUCAGCUAUUGUACCAUGAAACUCAGAUUGAAUUCAAAUAUUGUGCCUUCUGAAAUAGAGAAUGAACUUGUGAAUUUUGAUAAUUUGAACUAUAUUGGAACAGAAUAUAUUGAUUUGGCUUGGCUGUGUUUUGCUCAGGCAAAGUCUUUGGCCAAACCAAGUAUUAGCUCUUUAAAUGGACAUAUUUUAAUGCUAUUUUAUUACAUACAUUCUGAGGAGAAUGCCCAUGGUAUCCAAAAUAAUGAAAUUCUCGUGCUAAUAAGUACUAUUGAUGGACUUACUAAGUCGAUGGGCUUAUUCAGAGAUAUGGCUGAUGUCAGAUUUUUCCCAGCAAAGUCGCAUCCUGGAACAGACUUUCAGAACCACGAAGAGAUUGUUUAUAUUGCUAGAAGAAUGUGGCAUACAUUAGUAAAGCUUGAUGUGGAAGAGUUUUCCUCUUAUGGAUCACCUUCAAGCAGGUUAAUAUAUCGUGAUCAAGCCGUUGAGUUACCGAGAAGAGCUACUACUUCUAGCGCAUCCCCAUCUUUCGGUGUCUUAGAUGAUUCUCAGGAGGAUCAACUAGACAUGCUUCUAGACCAUGACUUUGCUAAGCAGGAUGAAGUCAAUCGACUAAUAAGAGGAUUGGAAUCUUUAGUGUAUGAUCUGAAACAAACGAGAGUCACUGAAAUAUAUGAGUGCUAUGAAGCGUUCUCUCAUUAUUUAAUUUCCAAUUUUUCAGAUAGCUAUACAUACUUCACCAGCAAUGAAAACUUCAAAGCUUUCAUUCGCCCUUGGGAUAAUACUAAAGUCAGACUUACAGGUUCCUAUUUGAUUGCUCUCAAUAAAGCUCUUCAAUUUGACAGAUUUCUUACCAUUGCCUUGGCCCAAUUGAAGUUGGGUUGUAUGUUGUUGUAUUAUUAUGAAAAGAAAGGGGAUCAACUGCUCUAUUCUUACUUCAUGAAACACACGGUUUUGAAUGCCAGUGCACACAGUAGAUUGCUAAUCAAGGAGUUUAUAAUAAAUAAUGAGGCUUUUUGGAAUGCUGAUGGCAAAUCCGAUGCCAAGUUUACCGAAUUCAACUUCAGAAUCAUUCCAAAAGUUGGGAAUAUGUCUAUUGUAUUAUUAUUUAUUGUUUCAAGUAUCAUAUUCCGGUGUUUCCUUUCAAUUUUCGCGUUGCGCAUUGAGAUCGAUAAAGCUUCCGCUAAUCCAAACCCCAUUAAUGUGGGAAUUAUUGAAAGUCUUAGAAAUAAGUUAGGAUACUUUAUGACAUUGAAAGAUCUUAUUCUCAAGAUUAUAAAUGUUUGGAACAAGGUGUAUUUGAAUAGAUGUGUCAAGACUUAUUAUAAUGACAUUAAACUUUCGCUCCAUUUUUUAUUGCUGUUAGGAGAAUUCAAACGUUUCGAUGCACUUUUGAUGAGCAAUCCACUUCCCAAAGAAAUUGAGUUGUUUGAUUUUCUUUUCGAGCAUCCUCAUUCAGAUAAAAAAGAGCAAAAUAAUUGUGAUGGUGACAUAAAACCAAAUACUAACGACACUAGAAAAAGCAUGGGUUUAACUUACAAAAUGAAACCUGUCCAAAAAACCUGCCUCUUGUUACGGCAACCCUCGUGCGAAUUAAAACUGUACAUUGAUAUUUUGGCAUGCGACACUACAACCUCUUCAUCUUCUGAGAUUGCUGGCAGUUCUAUACCAUCAGUGGGAAAAAGUACAUUUGGUGAUAUUCUUAACCCAAGUGAGUCUUAUAUUGAUGAAGCUUUGAAAAUUGUUGAAUCUGACGACAUGUAUAAUACCUUGGUAGAUACAAUGUCGUUCCAAUAUUUUACCGAUGCUGCCGCUAAGUCCAUCUAUUCUCUGUAA